AUGGGAAGGAAAGCGCCAGAGGGCUUGGGGCUAGCGGGUGGGAGCGAAGCCAACUCUUUGGAUGAAACCCAGAAUCAUGGCCAUUCUGCGGUUGCACGGGCUGGAGGCACGGGUGAUUCGUCGACUCUCGAGACCACAGCGGAACAGCAGGUCAACGUGCCUGUGGUGCAUCCUGGGGGAACACCUCAAUCUGAGUCCGGAGGACGACGCUAUAGCGUUGCAUUUAGUGCGUUGCUCAUCUUGGUGCUCACCAUGUGCGCGUCCGUUAGUGUGGGUAGCAUGGCUUGGGGCAGAAGCAGGAGGAUUAGUGCGGGCGUGGCACCACCUGUGCAAGCACCACAGGACAAAGAGCAGUCGACGACCUUUGCAGUAGACAGCCCGACACAAGAGGAGUCGGAAACGGAGGAUCUUGAUGAGCUUUCGGAGGACCUGUUGGAGGCGCUUGUGGAAUUUAGACGGAGACCGGAAGGCCUCGAACCUCCGCUGAAUGAUAUAGUUUCCGGCGUUGUUCCGAGGAAAGACGAUGCUGUGGCGGCGUCUUUGGCCCGUGCAUUGGAUGCUGUGCACAGCGCCUCUGCCCCUACACAACGACAGCUCGCUGACAAGUACCUCGACCAACUAUUUUGGGAUUUGGGACACCGUGACUUCGACCUUCUCCUGCAAGGUAUGGUCGGAGAAGUGCAGGCAGCGGCACCCUCCGAGGAAGAUACCAAUCCGGAGAAGGAGGAAGUUCAAAGCGCGAGAACUGCCCUUCGGGUGGCUGUUCUGGACGCCUUUACAGCCAGGGUGAAAGCCAUAGAGCACCUCAAGCAAGUGAAGGAAGAUGCGGAAGACGAGGAGGCGAGGUUGGAGGACCAAAUACCCAGGGAGAGAGUAGGACUCGCGCAGUUGCUGAGGAAGGUGCAGGGGGUCCCUGAAGGGGCUGCUGAGGCAGCAGCGCAGCAGGUGGAAUCGGUUUCCGCCUCCGUUCCGGCGUUCAAAGCGCAGCGGCUCGUCAACAUUAUCCAGCAUUCAAGGGAAAAGCUUGCGGGGGACUUGAAUGUGGCUGUUGCCCUCUUCGGUGCUCUGCAAGCAGGAGACUAUUUUACCCCGGGAACGGAACUCGAAUCUUUAGAAUCAGUUGGUGUAGCGUCAGUGCAGGGGGAGACCACGUUGAGUGACCGAGACGAGCAAAUGGUUCACCUACAAGAACAUCAACACAAGUUACUUAGGGAUAUGAUGAAGUCCAUGGAAGCAGAUGGACAGGGCAAAGAUUCCCUGAGAAAAGCUUCCGAGUUGCUCUUCAGAAUGUAUCGAAUGGAUAUGGCAUGCAGAUUUGGGGCCAGCCAGCGAGAAGACUUCUGGCAUUUUCUCAAAAAUCACUGGUCCCCGAAGGCUCACGACACUUUGUGCGAACUCAUCGGCAAACAGGACAAAAUAUUCCAGGAAUCCGAAUAUGUCAGCCGGACGUACACCUUAAUGACGGCUACCUCGUUACGCGGAAGUGCCUCAAAAGAAAAGCAGGUGGACUUACUGCUGCUCCAAGCAGCACUAGCUCUCCUUUGA